GGGAUCGGCGGAGGGUUCCGAGAAGUGCGCACGCGCACUGACCUCGGCGGGCCCUAGCAACCAGAGCAGUGACAGUAGCAACGGCCGGAAUGGCAAAAGCAACAACAAUCAAAGAAGCUCUAGCCAGAUGGGAAGAGAAAACCAGUCAGAAGCCAUCUGAAGCCAAAGAGAUAAAGCUUUAUGCUCAGAUUCCCCCUAUAGAGAAGAUGGAUGCAUCUCUGUCCACACUUGCUAAUUGCGAGAAGCUUUCACUGUCUACAAACUGCAUUGAAAAAAUUGCCAACCUCAAUGGCUUAAAAAACUUGAGAAUAUUGUCUUUAGGAAGAAACAACAUAAAGAACUUAAAUGGACUGGAAGCAGUAGGGGACACAUUAGAAGAACUGUGGAUCUCCUACAAUUUUAUUGAGAAGUUGAAAGGGAUCCAUGUAAUGAAGAAAUUAAAGAUUCUCUACAUGUCUAAUAACCUGGUGAAAGACUGGGCUGAAUUUGUGAAGCUGGCCGAACUGCCGUGCCUGGAAGACCUGGUGUUUGUAGGCAAUCCCUUGGAAGAGAAACAUUCUGCGGAGGGGAACUGGAUUGAAGAAGCAACCAAGAGAGUUCCCAAACUGAAAAAGCUGGAUGGUACCCCAGUAAUUAAAGAGGACGAGGAAGAAGAUAACUAACACCAUGUUUUCCGCUUCAUGUUAACUUAUUUAAACGUCAUAAGAACAAUAGAUAAGUUUUGUAUAAUUGUCUAUUUUAAAGAUUCUGUGUGGGGCAAAAGAUUAUUAAGAUAAAACAAAUCUCUCAUUCCUAUCUUUUUUUAAACCUAUUUAGUGUUUCUCCCCCCAAAUAGUAACGGUAACACCAACUUCAUACAGUCUAGUACUUUUUUCAGAAAUUCAGAUUUUCAAUUUUUGUCUUUAGUCCCAAUUGUGUACUUCGUGGCCCCAUCUACUGAAACUUUUUAUAGACUAGUCAUUUUUAACAAAAAAGAAUAACAAAUACGGUUCUUUAUUCAAUUUAAGUUGUUUUGUUUUUUUUUUAGACCAGGCAUUUAAAUAUAUAUACUUAACCUUUGAGUCUGUAGACUAUCUUUCCUGAAGGCCCAUGUCCUUAUGAUUCAGAAGCACAAAUAUGUGAUGCCUUUGGUUCAAAAGGCAGCACAGUGACAGGAAGAGUUCCUCUUGGAAGAAAUGCAGAGCAGCCCUAGAACCAAGACUCCCAAAGUCCAGUUGGAAAAGCUGUGGUGAAAAAAGGAAAAAUUAAUAUCUUGGAGGCCUUAUAGCCCAUGUUAUAUUUAGUUGUUUUUCCAAAAAUGUGUGCAAUGUCAACUGGAAUUUAGGUUGUGUUUACAUGCCUGGCCACUUGAGUCACUGUGCACAGUCAGCCAUUCUGUGAUCCAGGUCAGUGGUUGAAAUGACUGCCAUGAUCAUUCCUUUAACUGGUACUGUGGUCAUGUUACUCAUGUGGACCUGAUUUUAGGCACACUUUUUGGUUUAUAGUCCCUUAUAUGUUAUAUAAGGAAAUGUAUGUAAACAAUAGUUAUGUUUGAAUUACUAGCCUAAAUGUUGGCCAUUCAUAUAUGUCAAAAUUUUCCCUAAUAACUUUGUUCUUUUGACCCUCACGUUGGGAGAAAUGAUUGCUAUAAAUAAGGAUAUAGAACCUAAAGACUGCAUCUGAUACCUUUCAAUAGGUUAAAUUUAGAAUUUCAAAAUAUAUUUUUAGAAUGUUUCUGAGUUAAACAGCUCUUAAAAUGAAUUAUGUAAGUGAUUGUGGAGGGAAAAGAGAAGAGAUAUUUCAUUAUGGGAUUGCAGGCAAAUGGCAAUAUUUUUAAGGAUUGCCUUCUCUAUGAAGGAUGGUAGGUGAUUUAACCUUAAAAUUGCAAAGCAAUAGUUGGAGACAGAGCUUAGAAUUUAUCAUAUAAGAAAAAAAAUCUUUUUGGAAAGUACAAGAUAUAGUAGUAGUCAGUAACCAUAUGAUGAUGAAGUCCAUAGUAGGCCAUGACUGAAUCACUGACGGAUUUCAGAAAAGAAGUUAGAGGCGCUCUGCCAAAUUGUGCCUAAAGUCCCUCAACCAGAGACUGAUUCUUAUUUCCCCAUUUACUUGUGUAAAACCAGUCAAAGAGGGGAGUGUCAUUUUGGUUUUUUUUUAAGUGAUUGCAUAAAGAGUCCUGGGCUUCAGAAAUUUUCAGCUAUCAUUUAAGUAGGAAUUACGUGAUUUCUCUGAGUCACUCUGAUCUAAAGGGACCACUGCUUUGACAAUCAAUUCUGAAUACAAACAGCAAGAGGAAAAAUUAGUCCAACACUUUUUGCGUCCUUUUAGUUCUUCCUUAUAAUCUGAUAGGAAGAAAUCUUUACUCUGGCUUACACAUUCAAAGCCUUUGGGUAUUUCUUUUGUGAACUGUAGGCAAUGAGUAUUCCCCUUGGUGAUGUUUAAAUCUUCAAAACUAGGAGGGAAGAUGAUCUUCUUCACUUGUAGUUUGCAUGUCAUCCAGUAGGAAAGCUUGAAGCCAUUUUGCUAUGUAUGGAUACAUUUUCUAAAAGUUACUCUGGAAGUGAAUAGGGAAUGAAUAACUUCAUAUUGAAUCUUAAAAUGGCUUAUGGUGUUGGCAUUUGGUUUUCUGAAUUCUAUAAUAUAGAAACAUUUUCCCUGCUUCUCCUUGUUGCUUAAUAUUUUUAAAUCACUGAUAGUUCUCAGAGAUUGGGAUGGAUUCUCUCUGUGCUCUUGGUUUAAAGCAUUAUGCCAUUUUAGUGGCUCAUCUAAAUUUUUUCUAUUCUUGUAAUGAUGGUAGAGCUCUGGAAUCCAUCCAGUAUUUUAAUUUUUCACAGGUAACUUGAUUUUAGUCUGCAAAGGAAUUCAACUUUUCUAUGUUCCCUAACUGUAAGUUUAUGGCUGUAUUACCUGGUCAGGCCUUGAAAGGUUUUUGUGUUCUGUGUUCAUAGGAGUUUGUUCCUUUAGACCAGAGUUUCUCAGUGUUGGCACUAUUACCAUUUUGGGUUGGAUAAUGUUAUCCUGUGUAUUAUAGGAUGUUUAGCACUAUCUCUGGCUUCUACUCACUAGAUACCAGUAGAAUCCCCAGUUUCAUUCUGACAACCCAAAAUGUCUUCAGACAUUACCAUCUGUCCCCUCUGGCAGUGGGGUAGGAACAGAUUCAUCCCUGGUUAAGAACCAGUGCUUUAUACUAACAUUCCUUUUGUCCAGGUGCAUUUAUUUUCACUCUAGCCAUAUAUGCCUCCUGAGUUGUUGUAUGAGAGAAGGUGAUGUAUUUAAUAAUUAUGGAUGGAAGGAAAAUGGUCGUUGGUGUUUUGCUUUUUUGUAAUGCUCAUUUUAAUAAUUGUCAUAUAACAUUAGAAACUCAGGGCUGGAAGGUUCAACUUACGUUUUUCAGCAGGGUCUCAACUUUUAUUUCUUAGUAUUCCUGCUUAUCCUAGGACAGUGAUUGUUAACCUACCUCUCUCUUACUAUAACAGAAUUCAACUUUAUGAUAGAUUUUGCUUUAUCUUUGAACAUUUUGAGUGUACUUUUAGAAAAUGGAUCAUUCUUUAAAUGUUUGUUCAUUGCCCACUAAUGCAUAGAUUUUCUAGACUGUAGCAGUCAUUAAAUACAGAAAAAUAUUGUAUAGAAUUUGGAAAAAUUUGGUAAUCAUAUGUGAAAGUUAGCUGGUGUAGACACCAAUUUUGGAUGUGAUCAGAAGAAUGUCAUGAUAAUUGGUCAUUAACUUGGUGUUACUUGGUAUGGUUAUUAGACACUUAAAUGUGGUUCUUGUGUGGAAAAAGAAUUUUGACUUGAAUAGAUUCUUCUUUUACCCGUGGUCUGAAGUAGAGUAAGGAGGAAUAAAAAAUGAAUCUUAACUG